AUGUAUUCAUCAUCAUCAUCACUGACCUUUGGCAAUGGAUCUUUCAACAAUGAUGGUUUUCCAAUUCAUUCGUUUCCUUCUGGUGCUAAUAAUAGCCCACCUCAACCACCCGGGAUUAUGACACCCUCACAAUUCGUACAGCAGGAAAUAGAUAUGAUAUUAAUCAAUAGUGAUUCACUGGCAUGCAAUGAAAACUUUUCGAUUUUCAUAAAAUAUAUAAUUGAUAAUGUUUACACUCCCAACGGUGAUGGUACUGGUAGUGAAAUGCCUACAUAUCAAAGUCUUUCAUUAUACGCAUUGAAAUUACUUACCCUGAAUUUAUUCUUAAAGAAUUAUAAAUUCUGUUUGGGAAAGAUAUUGGCAUUUUUGAAAACAUUUACAAGAUUAACUGAAGCUAGAUUAACUGAAGAUCAAGAUGAUAAAGAUAACGAUGAAGAGAAAGUUGUCAUAUACGAGGCUGAAUGCGUGAAAGAAUUCUUAUGUAUUGUGCUACUAUUGUUAUUGAAGGUGAAAAAUACUGGACCUUCAGAUAGUCCCAAUUGUGCAACAGAGCCACUUGAAAUAAUUGAAGAUGAAGAUCUUUAUUCCACAUUAAGAUCAUUUAAUUUCAUAUCUGUCAUAUCUCAAUUUAUAACCACCCAGGUAAAAGCUAUAUCAAUUUCAAAAUCAUCAUAUGUUAUACUUAAAUUCGGUUGUGAUAUCUUCUUUGAGUAUUUAUUUCAUGUUGGAUUAUUACAAGAUGAUGAAUUUGAAAGUUUAACUAAUAAUACUGAAUUAAUUUCAACAUUAAUUAAAUAUUUAUUGACAAAUGAGAAUUUUAAUAAUUAUGAUUUAGAUUCGGAUGAUUUUGAAGAUGAAGAUAAAUUAAUUGCAUAUGAAGAAUUCAAGCUUUUGCUAUUAAUUAAUGAACAGUAUUUAAUGAAGUUUUACACUUCUGGGAAAAUCAAGAAUAAAGUAUUUGACGGAUUAAUGAAAGGCAAUACCGAUGAUAAUUCCAUACCCAACUUAACAAAUAUUACUGGGUUUAUUAAUUUAAUGAUUUAUCACCUAAAUCGAGAAGAAUCUCAUAUCAUCAAGAUUUUAAUAUUAAAAUUCUUAUACUUGGUAUUCACAACUUCAUAUACAACUAGAUUGGUAUACCUUAAUGAUUUAAAGAUCUUGGUUGAUAUUUUCAUUCGAGAAUUGAAUAAUAUGGACUUUACAGGGGAUAAAAUAUAUGAAAAUAGAAACUUAACAUUAACAUAUUUACGAGUACUAUAUCCAAUCUUACUAUUUUCACAAUUCAAAGACAUUAAUGAAGGAUACAGAACUAAAGAAUUAAUGGACUUAUUUCUGAAUAUAAUUAUAAACUCAGAUAUACUACUAUCUGAUCUUUCCACCGAUUCUAUUAAUAAUAACGAAUCAGAAAAGGAGAAUGCAAUUUCAAAAUUAGCUCAACAAUGCAUGUCAAUUAAAUGGUUAAAGCACCUUUCCAAAAAAGAUCAUCUGCAGCUGCAACCCAAAAGAAGGGGUUCUUCAGAAUCCUCGCUGGAAACAUCUAGCGUUAAAGAUGAAAUAAUAGAACCCAGUCAAUUCACAAGAGUUCUAUCAGUACGAGCAUCCACCAGGAAUGAUUAUCACAACAAUACCAGAUCUCAUAAUAUCGUCCAACAGCCCCAGGAGCCUCAAAAAUCCAUAUAUGCAGAAAAUAACAACAACAUAUUCUUAACCAACACGACAAAAUCAUCAAACACUCAUUCAUCAACAACCACGUUCAUAAAAUCACCUUGGACAGGUGAAGAUAUCAAACUCCCUCCUACAGAAACCAAUCUCCAAUCAACAAGCCAUAACAUAUUGGACCUUCCCAAGGAAUAUCUCAAAUCAAAACCACUCCCCGUGCUUCCAAUACCAGAAAUGACCCAAUCUGAACCGGAUUUAUAUCUACAUAAAACAAGUUCUUCUACUAGUUCGGUGAAUUCGGCAUCUUCUUCAUUGGUAUUGAAGGCUUUGAAAAAGAAAGCACCACCGCCUCCACCACCAAGAUCGAGAUUGAAUAGUCCGGCACCGGAGCUCGUGAAAGGAGGAGGUGGUGGGACGGGUCCUCCUCCACCUCCACCUUCUCGACGCAGGCGUUGA